GUAGAACCCGCUUGACGCAAUACUCCAUGUGCUAGCGGCAAAUCCGAAAAGGCUAAAUCAACAUUGUCACCCUGAUCCACAUAGUUACAGCUACUAUGGUGACCCUAACCCGGUUACGGCUGGAACCUGAGGGGUUGGUGGAUGUCUCUGGAGCCUUCUCCUCUCUUUUAACCAGCAUCAUCGACCAGCAACUACAGAGUAUCGACAUCUGUCUUGCAAUCUCUACUUCCUCACCUUCUGCUUCCCCCCUUACACCUACACAGAACCAUUACUGUCCAGUCCAAAAUGCCCGUCUACUGCAUCACCGGUGCCAACCGCGGCAUCGGCCUCGAAUUCGUCCGCCAGCUUGCGCAGUCCAGCGAGAACACCAUCCUCGCCGGCAUCCGGACCCUCACAUCCGACCUUACCGACCUGAAAGCCGUCGCCUCCCCAUCAACGCACAUCCUCGAGUGUGACAGCAGCAGCGUCCAAUCCAUCCACGGCUUUGUCAAGGAAGUCGCCCGGGUCUUGGGCAGCGACAAGAAAGUCGACUAUCUCCUCAACGUCGCCGGCGUCAACAUCGCAUCAUGGCAGAGCUCGCUGACCCUGGGACCGGACGACCUCCAGGCGCAAAUCGCCAUCAACGUCAUUGGCCCCGCCAAGAUAGUGGAACUCCUGCUCGACGCGGGCCUGCUGUCCAAAGACGUGCGCGUCCUGAACAUGACGUCUGGCCUCGGCAGCAUGCAGCGCAGCUCAGAGAUCAAGCCGCGCAAAUGCGCGGGGUAUUCUAUCUCCAAGGCUGGGCUGAACAUGCUCACGGUGCAUCAGAGUGAGGAUCUGAAGCCGCAUCUGCCCGGGGCCGUGGUUAUUUGUAUGGAUCCGGGUUGGGUCAAGACGAGGAUGGGUGGGGAGGGAGCGAUGUUGGAGCCGAGUCAUAGUGUUGGAAGCAUGCUUGGGGUUUUGCAUGGGUUGAAGGAGGGGGAUAAUGGCAAGUUUUAUCACUACACUGGUGAGGUGGUCCCUUGGUAGGGGACUAGGGGUGGUGAAUACAGCAAAGUCAGCAUAGAGCUACCAAUCGACAACCCCUACUUCCUUGUUUGCUCCAAAUGGAUGACCACUGCCUCUGCCUGACCACUGAUCAACAUUGUGGAGCUUCCUAUGCCCCAAUUCGUAUGAGAGCUGGGGAGAGGUUGGCGACGAGGAGCCGUAACACGAGCGGA